AUGGAUAUUCAUAACGAUCUCUCAAUGUCGCAUAAAGGUCAUUCAGGAGUUAACCAACUUGGAGGUUUAUUCGUCAAUGGCCGACCCCUACCUGAUAGUAUCCGAACACGUAUUGUCGAGCUUGCUCACAGUGGCAUGCGUCCCUGUGACAUUAGCCGAUAUCUACAAGUAUCCAAUGGAUGUGUUUCAAAAAUCUUAGCACGAUAUUA